UAAACAAUAUAAUAGACUUAAAAUAUAGCAACAGUGACAGUUGUUUUUGUAUGCGCCGAUUUGAAACGAAGUUGUUAUUGCAUUGUUUACUGGUACUUGGGCUUUUAAAGACCGAGUAUAUGACUGUACUUAGCAGACGACUGUUCCAGGAGAAAUUGAUAGUCUCGAGAAUGUGUGUCAUUAAAGACUUGUAAUUACAAAGUUUUCUUGUCAAAAUUUUCGUUCAAUAAAACUCAACAAUAUUGACAUCACGUGAUGAGGCGUCAUCGUCGCUUUUCAAAAUGGCCUCUCAGAGGAGCCCACGGGAAUCUUGGUUUUGAUGCAAAAAUAACAGUUUUGUGUGAAUAUCGCACAGCUGAUAAUGACUGGGAGAGCAAGGCAGCGACUGAUGCGACCGGUUGAGCGUCAGCCAAUGAAAGAUUGGCUGUCAGACAAACUCAACGCAAAAGAAAUCCCAGGAUUAGAAUGGGUAAAUAGGGACCAGAAGGUAUUCCGAAUAAAAUGGUGUCAUGGAUCAAGGCAUGGUUGGAGUCUGAAGGAUUCGGUUCUAUUUGAAAAAUGGGCCCAUCAUUCAGGUAGAUACAAUGACGGCGACCCGAAACGCUGGAAAGCUAACUUCCGGUGUGCCCUAAAUUCACUUAAAGACGUGGAGGAAGUAAAAGGCAUGUCUAUUAGCAAGGGACAGAACGCGUUUAAAGUGUACAGGAUGCUCGACAGUCGUAAGAAAACAGAAAAAUCUAGGGUAACGAAGCGAUUGAAAUCAGAACCUGACCAAAAAUGUGUUCCAAAAGACAACAAACGUGUUCUUCAAGAUGUAGCUGUAAGAACCAGUUCAAGACUGUCUGCACAAGCAGUUCUUGUCAAAACUGAAGCAGAAGAUCAGAGUGACUCAACAGAGAAUGAAAGUGACAGUGAAGGGUACCAGACUGAGGUCCAGGAAGACACAGAUAUGGACUGGACACCAGCAGAAGAACGCGUGACUUUUCCCGCCUUUUCUACUGUAACUAAGUUAAAAACAGAAGAUCUGAAUUCUUCCUCACAGAUUCCAAACUUUGAUAAAAUCAUUCCAGGCUUCUACAAAGUCGAAACGGAGCAAAAUCCCAACAAAAAUAUUUUAGAAUUUGGUAAAGACCAUUGGCUUCCCCGUCAUGGUUCCGGUUUUAAGGUUGAACAGUUAAAACAGCAGACACCACUAACACCCAUUUUACAAUCAUUCCAAGUUCAACUUCCGGAAAGUAUCAUCUCACAGCUGAAGAUAUCUACUGGAAACCGAACAAGUCCUCACACGACGCCAUCGAAAGAGCUUUCAGCAAUACCAUCCGUCUCCGGAAUGGCAUCCGUUUCCACCACCAAGAAGGCGACUUCAUUUACACCAUCUGCAUCACAGGUCAGGGAGACCGCGACCCCAUCCCUUCAUGCCCAGACAAAGUUCUCACACCGUGUUAAUGUUCCCACCAAUAGCCAGCUUGCCGGGCGAGACAGUUCUAACUAUAUGACGUUUCCAGAAACACCGGAUGGUUCCGAGGUAUCUCAUGACAGUAACUCGAGCGAAUUCAUUGAACUGACAAUUUACGAAGAAGAAGUUGCGGAUACUCCCCACGAAUCAACAGCUGAUUGCAUCGUCCUUACAGAUUUAAGCAAGACAACAUUUAACACAUUUCACAACAUUAAUGGACUCGAGCAAUACGGACCUGGCCACACUGGACUGACAACUACUCCAUACAUAUACAAUCCACUCACGCCGCCAUGACUCCUUAUCUCGUGCAAUGUAAUCACACGUGCGCAGUAUCUGUGCAAGGGAGCAAUAAUUUUAUGUACUUCUGUGUUUUCUAAAAUGAUCGGAAUAAGUAGAAUGUGUGUUCUUUAGCUAUGUGACUGCCUGGUUUAUAUUUCACAGAGAUUUAUAUGGAAUCUCGUACGGUGGAACAAGUAUUGAAUAUUUUUGUAUCAGUUUUUGAGAAAGUUCAAUGAUUUGACAGUUAGUAUAUACAAAUGUAAAUACUAUUACAAGAACAGUUAGAAGUGAUGACAAUUUAUGUUGAAACUUCCACAAUAUAUGACAGAAUCUCUAGUCACCUUCUCAUUUACAAUGUAAGCUUAACUACUGUAUGCAACUGUAUCAUUAUUGUUUAUCUGUGAAUAUGUAAAUAAAAACGAUAUACAUGUA